UUCCCGGCGGGGAGCGCGGUGAAGGGGGGUGGGAUCUGAACAUGGCGGCGGUGGUAGCUGCUACGGCGCUGAAGGGCCGGGGGGCGAGAAAUGCCCGCGUCCUCCGGGGAAUUCUCUCAGGAGCCACAGCCAACAAGGCCUCCCACAACAGGACCCGGGCGCUGCAAAGCCACAGCUCCCCAGAGUGCAAGGAGGAGCCCGAGCCCCUAUCCCCUGAGCUGGAAUACAUUCCCAGAAAGAGGGGCAAGAACCCCAUGAAAGCUGUGGGACUCGCCUGGUACAGCCUGUACACCCGCACCUGGCUCGGGUACCUCUUCUACCGCCAGCAGCUGCGCAGGGCUCGGAAUCGCUACCCCAAAGGCCACUCCAGAACCCAGCCCCGUCUCUUCAACGGAGUGAAGGUGCUUCCCAUCCCCGUCCUCUCAGACAACUACAGCUACCUCAUCAUCGACACCCAGGCCCGGCUGGCUGUGGUUGUGGACCCCUCAGACCCUCAGGCUGUACAGGCUUCCAUUGAAAAGGAGGGCGUUAAUUUGGUUGCCAUCCUCUGCACCCACAAACACUGGGACCACAGUGGAGGGAAUCGUGACCUCAGCCGGCGGCACCAGGACUGUCGGGUGUAUGGGAGCCCUCAGGACGGCAUCCCCUACCUCACCCACCCCCUGUGUCAUCAAGAUGUAGUUAGCGUGGGACGGCUCCAGAUCCGGGCUCUGGCCACCCCUGGCCACACGCAAGGCCAUCUGGUCUACCUGCUGGAUGGGGAGCCCUACAAGGGUCCCUCCUGCCUCUUCUCAGGGGACCUGCUCUUCCUCUCUGGCUGUGGACGGACCUUUGAGGGCACCGCAGAGACCAUGCUGAGCUCCCUGGACACAGUGCUGGGGCUGGGGGAUGACACUCUGCUGUGGCCCGGUCACGAGUAUGCGGAAGAGAACCUGGGCUUUGCAGGUGUGGUGGAGCCUGAGAACCUGGCCCGGGAGAGGAAGAUGCAGUGGGUGCAGAGGCAGCGGAUGGAGCGCAAGAGCACGUGCCCAUCCACCCUGGGAGAAGAGCGCUCCUACAACCCGUUCCUGAGGACCCACUGCCUGGUGCUGCAGGAGGCCCUGGGGCCAGGUCCGGGCCCCACCGGGGAUGAUGGCUACUCCCGGGCUGAGCUCCUGGAGAAGCUGCGCCGGCUGAAGGACCUGCACAAGAGCAAGUGACCGCCCCCCCGCCCCAGCCCAGCCCACCCCCCACGGCGGGGAGGUCACCCGCGCCCCACCAACCCUCCCAUUGCUACCACCACCACCUCCAUCUGCGCCCAUGGUGGACAUCAGUCCCCAGCCCACUGUCAGGGGAGGAGAGCUGAGGUGACAAGGACAUGUGACCAAGAAGGAGGAGGAUGGUGGAAGUCUUGGAGACCCCGUGGGAUGAGGCUGAGUCGUCCAGGGGGACACAAAAGGCGAAGUCUUGGGACGUCUCCAGCCCCCGCCGCCCGGAGGGUGCCUCCUCCCUUGACCUGUUCCUGCCCUGGAAGUGAAGGGUCCUCUAACCUCCAUCUCCCAUCCAGGGUUGGGAAAGACAGUCCCCCACAGUGGCCUGAGGUGUGGUGCCUUGGAAAAGCGGUCACUCAGAAGUGGGCUCUGGGGUCCUGAGACACUGGCCUUCCUCCCCAAGCCUUCCCCUCCUCCGCCCCUCCCUCCAAAAAGGCAUUUUUCAAACAGCCAUUUUUGGGAAAGAUGAAAGGGCUGGAAGUCUGGCUGUCUGGACCAUCUCGGCCUCAGUGAGGGAGGGCCCUGCUUGCCACGGAGACUGGAAACUGGGACCACAGGCUGAGGAGAGGCCGGAAGCUGGGAUUGCAGCCCCACUGGCUCCUUGUGCAGCAGGCCUCCACCCCUGCCUGUGGCCCAAGGGACUCCUCUGUCCAGGAAAGAGAAAGCCAUCCUCCGCCUCCGGCACGGCAGUUUUCUCCUGAUGGCCCUUGUUCUUAGGAACUUCUGCCUUGCUCUGACUCCUGCAUUAUCCUCUCCGCUUUUAAAGACAUUCACUCAUCUGGCCCUCUGCGUUUGCCAAGAACAUCCCCCACUCAUUUCUCCUUUGAUCCGUGGCCUCACCCUGGCUGGGGAUGGGGGUCGGCGCACCAGAGCACAGAAAUCAGAAGUCAGGGAGCAGACAGCUGUCAGCGGCUUCCAAGACCCCAGGCCUGGCCCCUUCCCCUCGGCUCAGCUUCUCCUCGGGUCUCUGGCCCAAGUCUCUGUGGGGCCAUAGAGAGGAGCCAUAAGGUCCUCAAGCGGGCAUACCUCGGGUCAGCUAGGAGCCUUCUCUUCCUGUGUGCAAGCCUUCCCUCGGGCUCUGCUCGCCUCUAGUGAGACUCGGAGACGACCCCUCCCUUCACUGGGCCCCCAACAUCCUGCCUCUGCCUUCCUCUCCGGCCACAGCCUCGGGUACCAACUCUAGCAAUACCUCCUGAGUAGAGUUCCCUGUCCCCCAAGACAUGCAGUUUCAUGCCUCUGUGCCUUCGCUCAUGCUGUUCUUCAGACUGGAAUGCCUUUCCGCUGCUCCUCUGGCCUUGUCUGCCUGGCAAACACCCAUUCAUCUCUAACAAUCCCCUCAAAGGCCCCCUCCUCCGGGAGACAACCCCCAUACCCCUCGCCCUCCAGGCUACCUCUGCUCUUUGUAAAUGCUUCUCUCGUGGCACUUAUCACACUGUAUUUUACUUGUUUACAUGUUUGUCUCCCCUUCUAGACUGUGAACCUUUCAGGGCAUGGACUGUAUCUUAAUGCAUCUCUGUAUUUCUGCGCCUAGCACGGUGCCUAGCACACAGUAGGCGCUCAAUAAAUCUUGAAUGAAUGAAUGAAUCAUUUAA